AUGGCUGAUUCCAUCACUUUACACGGCCGGUCCUACGCCCUGCCCAAACUACCUACAGUCGUCAUUUGCGUAGAUGGCUUCGACCCGGAAUACCUUACCCAAGGAAUCUCCGAUGGCAUUAUCCCAACCCUCGCGCAAUUCGUCCAACAGGGUUUCCACGCCACGGCAAACUCAUGCAUGCCAUCCUUCACCAACCCCAACAACGUCUCCAUAAUCACCGGCCAGCCACCUGCCAUCCAUGGAAUCGCAGGUAACUUCUUCCUCGACCGCGAGACAGGAAAAGAAAAGAUGAUACAGGAUGACUCUCUGCUCCGUGGUUCCACGAUCCUAGAGCAAAUGUCCCUACACGGGGUAAGAGUUGCGGCUAUCACGGCUAAAGACAAGCUACGCCGCAUUCUGGCUCAUGGACUCCAGCCUAGCAAGGGAGAUAUUUGCUUCUCAUCCCAGCGGGUAACAAGUUGUACACUUGCCGAAAAUGGUAUUGAAGGUGUGGAAGACUGGAUUGGACGCAAGGCGCCUAGUCAGUAUUCGGGCGAUUUAUCCCUCUACGUGCUCGACGUGGGUAUCAAGUUACUUGAAGAAAAACGCGCGGAUCUACUCUAUCUUACGCUAUCCGACUACGUUCAGCACAAACACGCGCCCGGGUCACUAGAGGCCAAUGACUUUUUCAUUGCACUUGAUCAGCGAAUUGGUCAGUUAGUCGCCCGCGGCGCCGUCGUUGCUGUCACAGGCGACCACGGCAUGAGCAGUAAAUCUGACAAUGAUGGAAAACCCAAUAUUCUAUUUCUGGAAGACGCAUUGGCUGAGAAAUGGGGCUCAAAGUCUGCAAGAGUCAUAUGCCCCAUCACCGACCCGUUUGUCAAGCACCAUGGAGCUCUUGGCUCCUUUGUACGAGUCUAUGCAAAAGAGGAAAAUCAUAUAUCUGAUAUGAUUGCUUUCACCAAGUCCCUGCCACAGGUUGAGCAGGUCCUCGACGGAAAAGCGGCGUCCGAGGUAUAUGAAAUGCCGCUGGAUAGGGAAGGUGAUUUUGUCGUCAUUUCGAAGAAAAAUGCGGUCAUUGGGAGCCGAAAGGAUGAGCAUGACUUGUCUACGAUUGGUGAUCAUCCAUUGAGGUCGCAUGGUGGUUUGUCUGAGCAGCAGAUUCCGUUGCUGUUAUCCCGUCCUAUAGGAAAUGCUGACGGAGCAAAGGCAAAGCACAAUUAUAAUUGGAGGAACUAUGAUAUUUUUGAUUUGGCGCUUAACUGGUAG